CGAACUUAGCUUGAUCCUAUCAAUCAUCUCCGUCGAUCAGAAACUGAUUUCGUUCAUCGGAGUUUUUGUUUAAUACGAUCAAUGGUUUCCCGAAGAGAUUACCGGAGCUUGAGAUCUUGUACCGGAUGGCGUCGGUUUCUAUUACUUGUCCCCGUACUCGUUGUUCUUCCUCAUCUCUCUUCACUUGUUGAUUAUUCUACUUCUACUAGAGCUAAGAACGAAGCGCCAAGCACUCGUAGCAAGAAACUAGAUCACCUUGUGCUCGGACCUGCUGCUGGAGUAGGCUUUCCCGAUAGAUUGCAUUGCCGAGGCACGAAGGCUCUGAACAAGACACACACUACAGCUUCUCAUGUGUCUGGUGCUGCUGGAAAUGGAGUUUCUUUUGUCACAGUGUUUACUGUUUAUAAUAAUACUACAUCACUCGGUGAUUUGAAAUCCUCCAAUGUGGUUUCUGUUGUUGGGAAUGUUACCUAUAGCAAGCCAGCGAGGUCAAUGGCUGUUCUUGAUGCAUUCGCCUACUUCAUUCAGGUGAGUAUGCCUAAGAGUAAAGUUGUCAUAUUGACUGAUCCAGCGUCUCAACUGUCUAUUCAAGCAAGCAAUGUGAUGGUAGAGCCUAUUCCUGGUGAUUAUUCACGGGGUAACCUGAUGCUUCAAAGAAUCAUGUCUUACAUUACCUUUCUUGAGAUGAAGCUCCAGAAGAAUGAUGGUGGAACGAACCACUAUAUCUUCACUGAUUCCGAUAUAGCUGUGGUUGAUAACAUUGAGACUAUAUUUGUCAAGCAUCCAAACUUCCAUAUAGCUCUCACAUUCAGGAACAAUAAAGAUCAACCGCUGAACUCAGGCUUUAUAGCAGUGAGAGGAACCCGUGAAGGAAUCCUAAGGGCUAAAGUUUUUCUUGAACAAGUCUUAAAAGCUUACAAAACCAAAUACAUGAAGGCAUCGCGUAUGCUUGGUGAUCAAUUGGCUUUGGUAUGGGUUGUCAAAUCUCAUCCUUCAUUUGAAGCAAAGAGAUUCACAAAGCCACAAGCGUUCACACAAGAAAUAGCUGGAGCUUCAGUUCUGUUUCUACCAUGUGCUCUAUACAACUGGACACCUCCUGAAGGUGCUGGUCAGUUCCAUGGCAUGCCGUUAGAUGUCAAGAUUGUUCACUUCAAAGGAUCAAGGAAACGCUUAAUGCUAGAGGCAUGGAACUUCCACAAAUCUACUUGGAACAUUCCAGAUAUGUUGUGUCUUGUUCUAGGAGAUCAGUCACAGUUACGUGCUGAAGUAGUAACAUUGUUUUAUUUGAAGAUGAAUCAAAUUUUAAUACAACAGUUACGUACCAGGCAAGUAACAUAAAUAAAUUAAAUAUAAUUACUCAAAACAAAACACGAAAAAUCAUCUCGCGGCGGCUUUCUUACCACCGGAGUAAUAACUCAGGUACCACCUCACGAACUUCUUCAAUCCCGUCUGCAAAUCCGUGGUCGGCUUAUACCCAAGCUCACGCUGAGCUAAGCUGAUAUUAGCAUGAGUGAACGGAACGUCGCCGUUUCGUGGCAUCUUGAUCACAUUCUUCUUGGCCUUCACUUUCAGCUGCCUCUCCAGUAUACUCACCAGAUCGGAAACCGGCACCGGCGACGUGUUCCCGAGGUUAAACACUCUCAGCUGCGCCGGACCUCUCUUCUUCCCUCCGGUUCCUGUACUCUUCUCCGCCGUAUCAAGCGCUCCUAAGCAUCCUUUCACGAUGUCGUCUAUGUAAGUGAAGUCUCUAGCCACCGUGCCGUGGUUCGCCGACUCGAAGAUGGAUAUGGACUUACCUUUCAAGAUAUCUUUAGUGAAGAAGAAGUACGCCAUGUCUGGUCUUCCCCAUGGUCCGUACACGGUGAAGAACCUUAGUCCUGUAAGAGACAGCCCGUAGAUGUGGUUGUAAGUAUGAGCUAUCUCUUCACCAGCUUUCUUCGUGGCGGCGUAUAAGCUAGCCGGUUGGUCUGUUCUGUCUUUCUCGGAGAAGGGUACUUUCGUGUUGAGUCCAUAGACGGAGCUAGAGGAGGCCCAGACAAUAGCUGGUUGCGGGUUAGCCGCUUUGCAGACCUCAAGGAGGUUGACUAGUCCAGCGAUGUUGCUGUGAACGUAGGAGCUAGGGUUCUCCAUUGCGUACCUAACUCCUGCUUGAGCGGCUAGAUGCAUGACGUGAGUGAAGGAGACGAUCUUGAAGAGCUUACGGAGCAAUUCGACGUCGUUUAUGUCUCCUUCCACGAUGAAGACGCCGCUUCUCUCUAGUAAAGCUUGCCUCGCACGUUUCAGAGAAGGGUCGUAGUAGUCGUUGAAGUUGUCAAGGCCGAUAACGCCGUCUCCGCGGCGUUUUAAGGCCGAGGAGACGUGUGUACCGACGAAACCCGCUGCUCCGGUGACUAAAACGGUCAUUCCGUUGCUUGAGGUUCGGGUUCGAGCAGAGGCUCGGAUGCGUUUCUCCCAAGCGGGUCCUCCGUAGGUGAAGGUUCGGAGGGAGCGGCGAGAUGGGUCGGAUUGGGAGGAGUUAACGGACGGUGGAGAUCGGAGGAAGAGUAGGGAGAUGAGACAGAGGAGGAAGAAGGAGAUGAAUGCGAACUUGAUGGGAGAUGAUUGAAACCUGAGACGGUUGAAGUAUGAAGAUUUGUCAAUCUUGAACUUGCCUGGGCUUGAUGGUAUGUCGUCAAGACGAGACAUCUUUGAACACCUUUCUUCUUCUUCUUCUUGUCUAUUUAGUUUUUAUGACAAGCUCCUUGGAGUCUUCAGGUUUCUUGGAAGGGUUUAAUUAAAGAAGCUUAAAUACGAAUAUAAUCUUUUAUUUAAUAAUAAGAUUGGUUACAGGGUGUGCAGGAUUAAAGAGUGUGAAUUGUAAAUCUGAACAUGGGGGAUUGAAGAUUUAGAGAUCCAAAUCAAGGAGGAGAAGAAGAAAGAGAGAGAAAAAGAGAGA